AUGGCCCAACUCUCAACCAACGGCAUGGCUCAUGCAUCGGCAGCUGUCGGCAAUGGCGAUAAGAAGGCCAGCACCUGGCAAGGGGCUGGUGCCGCCGAGUUUGAUCUUCGAAGCGAUACAAUGACCAAGCCUACAGCUUCAAUGCUGGAGGCGAUAUGCCAAACAACUCUCCUUGACGACGUUUUCAAUGAAGAUCCAGUUACCAAUGAGCUGCAGCGCUAUGUCGCCGAAAUAACGAAGCAUGAAUCCAGUCUAUUAGUCCUUUCAGGGACAAUGGGAAACCAGGUGGCUAUUCGAUCGCAUCUUGCGCAGCCACCACAUGCAGUGCUGUGUGAUUAUCGAUCUCAUAUCAUAUGCUAUGAAGCGGGAGGAGUGAGCGCAUGGACCGGAGCUACCAUGCAGACAGUGGUGCCCAAGAAUGGGUCCUAUUUGACGCUAGAGGAUAUUCAAAAGAAUGCAGUGCUAGAUGAUGAUAUUCAUUCUUGCCCCACCAAGCUGAUCAGCCUGGAAAACACCCUUAAUGGAGAGAUCAUGCCGCUAUCAGAGGCCAAGCGGAUUGUGUAUUGGGCUCAUUCCCAAGAUAUCAAGGUCCAUCUUGAUGGCGCCCGUUUAUGGGAGGCGGUCGUGGCUGGGGCCGGGAGCUUACCUGAGUAUGCUUCUCUAUUUGACAGUGUCAGUCUUUGCUUCUCCAAGGGCCUGGGUGCCCCUAUUGGUAGCAUAAUCGUCGGUUCCCAGGCCUUGAUCAAGAAAGCACGAUGGUUCCGGAAGUCUAUCGGAGGUGGCGCCCGGCAGACAGGUGUGAUUGCUGCUGCUGCUCAAGUUGCACUCAACGAGACUUUUGGAACGGACCCAUUCGGGAAGACUGGGAAGCUUGCAGUAUCCCAUGUCAAUGCCAAGAGGGUGGCUGAAUUAUGGACCAGCCGCGGCGGCAAGCUGGCCAAACCCGCGGAAACCAACAUGGUUUGGCUGGAUCUUGAAGCUUCCGGGGUGGGCCCAAACGAUUUAUCGGUGAUUGGACAAGAGAAAGGACUGAAGCUUGGGGGUGGCCGCAUUGUGAUCCAUUACCAGGUAUCGGACGAGGCGAUCGCCCGCCUCGAGCAAGUAUUUGAUAUUGCACUUCGGGGAGACUAUGAGAGGAGCCAAGAUACUAGGAAGCAGUAUGGAAGCAAGUGA